AUGAGAGAUGCGACGGAAGCUGCGGCGGAGCACAGAUUCGAUAUCCUCCAGUGCUUGGAUCCCGAUGCUGUGUGUCACGACUUCUCGUGGCUGGCGGAUCAAAAGCUUGAAGCUUUUGAAUACAAGCCUAUACACUCUUCAAAAGCUUUCAUUCGUUUGCUUCGUAUCAAGCCUGGCAAGUUUCGUGUGGACGUCAUUGAAUGCGAAAUGCGUGAUUUUUGCCUUGACGAUCGCCCGCUGUUUACAGCGAUGUCUUACUUUUGGGGCGAACCUAAGCUCGACCAGUCAAUCAUCUGCAAUGGUAGUUUGAUCCAAGUCACCGGUACGCUACAUGAUGCGCUCAAAAGGUAUCGGCAGGAUGAUAAGCAUGAUAAACAAGAAUGGAUAUGGGCAGACGCUUUCGAAGCACAUCUAGUCAAUGUUGAUCUUGGAUCUGCAGCCCAGAUGUGGUAUCCAGCUUUUGAUCUUCUGAAUAAGCUAGCCUUCAUAUCUGAACAUGAAGAACAAUGGGUCCAAACGAAAAAGCUCGCUAGAACAGCAGAUCAAUUGUUUGAGGUGUAUGAAUUGCCCGACUCUUCACAUCCAAUCUGGCAAGCAUAUCUUCGAAUCUUUUCACUGCCCUGGUUUCAUCGGACGUGGGUCGUCCAAGAGGUUGUGCUAGGCUCCAAAGUAGCUUUGAGGCUCGGCGUCUUCGUUUUUGACUGGGAGGCCCUCCAAAAAUCUUGGGAGAUGGUAUUUUGUCGCUUAAAGAUACAGACAAGAGAUCGAUUGGCGCAGCAAGGCUUGCUCAACAUGCAAAAGCUCGACAGCAUUUUCCGCAUGCACAAGAGACCGAGGAACUUCCUUUCGACAUUGUUCGUGAUGAUCCAAACCAAAGAUUUUCACGUGUCAAAAGCACGAGAUAAGAUCAACGCUAUUCUUGGGCUGGUGAAUGCGAAACCCAUUGCCGGAAUCCCAGCCUUUCAGGCGGACUUCACAUCAUCUACGGAGACUCUCUACCAGCGAUUUGCCAUCCACCUCAUCGAUCAUCACUGCGCUCAACCGUUGUUGAAUCAAGCCGGUCUUCAUCAAAGGUCGCUCCACGGAGGUGAAAUGCCUUCUUGGGUCCCUGACUGGAUGGGGCAGAGCAAGUGUAUGCAGAUGGCAACAAUUCGCCACGUAGGCUACAAAGCGUCCCGCUACGAACCACCUGCGAGUAGCUUAGCUACGCGCUCAACUGACCACCAGCCUAAUAUCUUGAUCAUGAUUGGUGAUUGCGUUGACAGGAUAGAAUGCCUGACACCGGCGCUUGAUCUUGAAGAUCUAACAGGUAUACUGGGAACUAAAGAGCGAUCCCAGAUUUUCCUCAAAUGGCAUGACAUUGCAAAAGCCUGCCUUGAUAAUCAAGAGUCAAAUAUAGCUGGCAGACAAGAGAGUCUUUAUGGAGACAUUAUGGAGGCGUUUGCCAGAACUUUACUUGUUGACAACGAUUACACAGGUGGCAACACCGUCACUGGGCUUGCUCCAAUAUUAGAUGCCAAGAUCGCUUACUCGCUUAGCAUGUCAUCUCUUCGCACUUUUGCAGCUGGUGCCGCAGAUGCCGAUUACCCCAAUAUAUACAACACGUCUCAUGCAUACCAGACGUUCAUGCUACAAGCACUUGCAGCAUGCGAUGGCCGUAACUUUGCUAUCACCGAAAGAGGAUAUCUUGGCCUAGUACCACAUUGUGCCCAAAUCGGCGAUAGGAUCGCAAUGAUAUUUGGGGCACCUGUCCCUUUUGUUCUGAGAGAAGCUGGAAAAUAUUUGAUUGAUAAUGACAAGCUGAGCAGACAGUUGGUUCAGCUUGUGGGGGAUGCGUAUGUGCAUGGCAUCAUGGAAGGGGAGGCGAUGGAUUUCGAGGGCUUCGAACCGCGGCAGCUUUGGAUUGCUUGA